AUGAAAUUCGUUAUUGUAUUCGUUGCUCUCUUCGCCUUCGCCUUGGCUGCUCCAGCUGAUGUUGAAGUUUUGAGAUCAGAAUCCGAUGUACAACCCAAUGGAUACAAAUUCGCUCUCGAAACCAGUGAUGGUUCAUCUCGCACUGAACAAGGAGAAUUGAAGAAUAUUGGUACCGAUGAGGAAGCUAUUGUCGUCCGUGGCUCAUACAGCUGGGUUGCUGAAGAUGGUCAAAAAUACACCGUUGACUUCGUAGCUGAUGAAAAUGGUUUCCAACCACAAGGCAAACAUUUACCAGUAGCUUAA